CUAGUCACGUUCGUAUAUAAUCAAGACUAUCAUUCAAGGAUUUGCAAUAAAUGAAAAGUGUGUGAAAUCCGGAAAAAGUGUCCUGUAACAUUUAAGGUUUCAACUAACUUAUUAAGCAACAGAUAUACUACCAAUAGAAUUUGAAACAUUAUUGAAAACGAUCAAUGGCGAAAUCGGUCAAGAAAAUAGCAGUGGUGGGAGGUGGUUUCGCUGGGAUGUGUUCAGUUACUUGCUUAAAAGAAGAAGGUGGUUUUGAACCAGUGUGCUUCGAGAAAACAUCCAAUCCAGGAGGAACGUGGUAUUACAGGGAAGAAGUUGAAAUUGGAGUUCCUUCCAUCAUGCCCACUACUAUUAUCAACCACAGCAAAGAAAUGGGCGCUCUGAGCACAUAUCCACCUCCAAAAGAGAACAACAAUUUCAUGAGACACUCAGAGCUCUAUGAUUAUGCAAUAAAUUAUUUCAAGUCCAAUGAUGUUCUGAAGCAUGUUCAGUGCAACAUGGAAGUGAUAAGUGUGAAAAAAGCACCUGAUUACGAAGAAACAGGUAGAUGGGUCGUUACUGUAAAGAAUACAGAAUCAAGUGAAGAAACCACUGAUACUUACGAUGGCGUAAUGGUUUGUGUAGGGCAUGUAAACAGACCAAACAUGCCAUCAUAUCCUGGUCAGGAUUUAUUCAAAGGAAAAAUCUUGCAUACACACAGCCUGAAAGGAGUUGAGUCAUAUCGAGACAAAACGGUGGUUGUUGUAGGCAUGGGUUGCUCAGGAUUGGAUGCAGCCGUGGAGACAAGUAAUGUUGCAAAACAAGUAUACGUUAGUACUCGUUCUGGAGCUCAUGUCUUUCAGCGCGUUGGACCUCAUGGAUAUCCUUACGAUUAUACAUUAGCAAGAAGAUACAUUUUUUCUCUUUUUGACAUAUUUCCUGCAUCUUUUAUUAGUUGGCUUUUAGAAUGCUUAUUCAUGGAUCCUCAAUUCAACCAAAGAUUAUACACUGUCCAACCCAAGCACCACCUAUUAUCCAAAGAUCCCGUUAUUAAUGACCAUCUAGCAUCAAAAUUACUUUCCGGUUUGGUGAAGCAGGAGCGUGACAUCGAGCGCUUCACGGAAGAUGGUGUCAUUUUUGAAGGAGAUGAUGAAGUCACCAAGGCGGAUGCUGUUAUCAUGGCUACUGGAUAUACAUGGAAAUUUCCGUUUUUGGAAGACGAUGUUAUAGUUAAGGAAGAAGGCAGGAUUAAUCUUUACAAAUGCAUGUUUCCAACUCAACUAGAGCAUGGAACGCUGGUACUGAUCGGGUUUAUUCUUCCCUAUGGGCCAGGUUUCCCUCUUGGAGAGUUGCAAUGCCGUUGGGCAACUCAGGUGCUGGCGGGCAACUGCAAAUUGCCAUCCAAAGAGGAAAUGCUCAAGGACGUCAUAGACAGACAAGCGUAUAAUGUGAAGAGAUAUUUGCCAAGUGAGAAAAUGUCACUGAGAGUUGAUUUCCUUCCCUAUUGUGAUGAUAUAGCCUCAGAGUUUGGAGCAAAACCCAAUUUUGUUAAAAUGUUUUUCACAGAUCCAAAGCUGUUUUUCAAAUUAGUAUUCGGACCCACCCUCUCGUAUCAGUACAGACUCCAAGGCCCUCAUGCUUGGGAUGGUGCCAGAGAAGCUAUUAUGACGAGUGAGGAUAGAGUUUUAUACCCGUUAAAUAAGGGAAAUUUAAAAGAAACCCAUGAAAAUAUGCUGGUGACUUUUAUAAAGAAAAUCCUGAGAAUGAUCUUUUUUUGAAUCAUCUUUAUCUUUGAAGGAAGAUAAAUCUUUCAAAUUUUUUAAGUUCCAUUAUUUGAAAUCCUAAUAAUAAAAACUUUUUUUAUUAUUUUGAUUAUAAGGAAACGGACAUCGCAACACACACACACACACACACACACACACACACACACACACA